AUGAUGAGGCUGGAGGUUGAGAUGGUUAAGCAUGACAUUGAACAGCAGAAACUUAUUUUGGAGAGACAGGAAAUGCAGGGUAGUCCUAUACCUGAACAUGCAGAGGAUGAACUUGUUCCGGAGGCUCGCGGACAGCGUUUUUGUUGUGGGAGACAAGUUUAUAUUACAGGUAGCCAGGUCGGGGCUGAGGUGCCUCCUCCAGUCCAGAUGACCGAGGCUCCGGUGGUAUGUAGUAAACCUGAUGAAACUGAGAUGUUCCCUGAGCUUGUUCUUCCCUGUUCUGUGGCACACAACGUCCUGGUGGUGGCGCAGAAGUCCGGUGCUUUGGAGGGAUUAGUGCGUGACACUGUACACCCGGUGGUGGGUUCUUUAAAGUGUUGUGAUGCUGUGUUACAGUUCUGUCAUGACCAGAGCAGCCAUCGUGGGGUCAGGAUCACUUGUGGCCGGAGCUGGUCUAUUUCUUCGGUUCCUUUUUCACUCUCUAGUCUAGAGAUGCUGGGCUCUGAGGUAUGGGUGACUUGCCCUAUUGAGAGUGCUGGCUUUGACGCUGAAUCGCAACGCUUGUGGCAUCCGGGGGAACGUAAGGUGCUGAAGAGGAGAGUACAGUAUGUUGUGGUUUUGCUGUUCCCUCUCACGCUAGCAGGGCUUCACAAUGUUUGCUGGGGCCAAGCUCGGAUGAUUCGUCUGGAGACUAUGGGGACUGGUCUGGAAGCUGGUGCCAGGUCCGUUCUGGUGGAAGCAUGGAUGCUUCAGCCCACCGUGCAAGCGACACUGGGACGGCACGGUGGAGACCCCAAGUCCCGGGGCCUACUCUAUUUUGGAGGUACAUUGCUUGACGCCACUUUCACUGAGUUUCUUCCAACCGUUUGA